GCGUCUGGCUCCCGCUCUCACAGCCAUUGUAGUACAUUGAGCUCCAUAGAGACAGCGCUGGGGCAAGAGCGAGCCGGAAGGGCACUGGGUGACUCUGUGCCUCGCGGAGGAAAAUCAACUAAACAUGGGCAAAGGAGAUCCUAAGAAGAUGAGAGGCAAAAUGUCCUCAUACGCAUUCUUUGUGCAAACUUGCUGGGAGGAACACAGGAAGAAGCACCCGGAUGCUUCUGUCAACUUCUCAGAGUUCUCGAAGAAGUGCUCAGAAAGGUGGAAGACCAUGUCUGCUAAAGAAAAGGGGAAAUUUGAAGACAUGGCAAAGGCUGACAAGGCUCGUUAUGAGAGAGAAAUGAAAACCUACAUCCUCCGCAAAGGGGAGAACAAAAAGAAGUUCAAGGACCCCAAUGCACCCAAGAGGCCUCCUUCGGCCUUCUUCUUGUUCUGUUCUGAGUAUCGCUCCAAAAUCAAAGAAGAGUACCCCGCAUCUGAGAUUUCAGCAUUUCCUUCAUCAUCAGUAGCAGUAGACUCGAGACUGCCAUAG